AUUUUGUCACGUUUUGGUCAACUUUCUUUUAUCAUUGGAAACGAAAAUCAUGCCAUUCGAGAGAUUUGUGGAGUCUGGUCGUGUUGCCUUUGUCAGUGAUGGCAUCCACAAGGGCAAAUUGGUGUCAAUCGUCGACAUUAUCGACCAAAACCGGGUUUUGGUUGAUGGACCACUAUCAAAUAUCCCAAGAGGAGAGAUGCGUUUGUCACAACUUCAUUUAACCAAAUUCCGUCUGCGUUUUCCAUACACUGGUUCAACCAAAGUAGUAAGAAAAGCGUGGGAAGCAGCUGAUCUUGACAAGAAAUGGAGUGAGACAAUGUGGGCAAAGAAAGUCGAGAACAAAAAGAAGCGUGCUGCAAUGAGCGAUUUUGAUCGUUUCAAGCUUGGCAAAGCCAAACAAAUCCGUAACAAGAUGAGGACGGAUGUAUUUUUCCGCCUAAAGAAAAACAUAAGAAUCCGCAAAAAUACAAACGCCGCAGCCAAGUCAAUGGCACCCAAAAAAGAAUAAUAAUUUUUUGUAGUUCACUGAAAAAUAUAUACAAAAACAUAAUA